GUCAAAUAUUUCCUUCCCUUUGGGCUUUGAAAAUAAGUUUUGAUAAAAAAGAAAAGCUGUUUAAGGUUCUAGCAAAUAAUGCCUACAUUUUCACAAAUUACAUGCAGAAUAUAAAAGUGCUGUGUAGUCUCAUUCAUUAGUUACUAGUGUAAGUCAGUAAAAUGAACGAAAUCGAUGAUAAAUUCUACUAUGUGUACAGUUCAUCUUUGGAUCACAAAGUAGAAAUAAAAGUUGGUACCCUAGAAGGCAAGCGAUCAAAGCCAGAGUAUGACAAGUUACUAUCAGACCCAAUGCUCAAAUUUUCUGGGCUCUACCAGGAAGGGUGCUCCGACUUGUAUGUGACAUGCCAGGUGUUGUGUGAUGGUGUACCCUUGGCGCUGCCUGUUACUACAUCUUAUAAGUCCUUUACUAAUCGAUGGAACUGGAAUGAAUGGGUGACCUUACCAGUGUACUAUAGCGACCUGCCCCGGAAUGCCAUCCUAGCUAUGACCAUCUAUGACUGUGCAGGCCCUGGCAAGCUGAUGGUGGUGGGGGGCACCACCAUAUCACUGUUUGGUAAACAUGGCAUGUUGAGACAGGGCAUGUUCGACCUCCGCGUGUGGCCCGGCGUGGAGGGCAGCGAGAAGACGCCGGGCAAGGCGCCUGAUACCGGCAAAGAGCAGAUGCAGAGGCUGGCCAAGCUUGCCAAGAAGCACAGGAACGGACACAUACCGAAAGUAGACUGGCUCGACAGGCUGACUUUCAGGGAGAUCGAAAUGAUCAACGAGAAGGAGAAGAGGAGUUCCAACUACAUGUAUCUGAUGAUCGAAUUCCCCACUGUUCAAAUAGACGGCAUUGACCAUGCGGUUGUAUAUUACGAGCAAGACGGCGAUGAAAUGUAUCAGUUCAGAUCUCAGGCAGAAAUCGUCACCGUUCCAGACUACGAAAUAUUACAGGAAAACCUGGUAGAGAGCAAGCAGCACCGUCUAGCUCGCUCCUUACGCUGCGCAGUCCCCGGCCGUGAUGCUAAGCCGUCCGCGGCCGAGCGCGACCAACUCACCGCGCUACUAUCCGCGCCCGCGGCUUUGCACGCGAUAUGCGCUGACGACCAGGACCUCAUCUGGAAAUACCGAUUUUACCUUUCAUCCCAUCGUCGAGCGCUGACUAAAUUCCUUGCGUGCGUCAACUGGAAUCGACCAGGCGAGGUGCGGCAGGCGUUGGCCAUGAUGAAGCAGUGGGCGCCCAUGGAUGUGGAAGACGCGUUAGAACUCCUCACCCCUAAGUUCACGCAUCCUUCCGUCAGAAAGUAUGCAAUAUCGCGCCUGAAGCAAGCUCCGGAUGAAGAUUUACUUUUGUAUCUCUUACAAUUGGUGCAAGCCUUGAAAUACGAAGACUACAUGGAAAUACAUGAUGAAUACGCUAGGAUAUGUGGCAAAGAGGUGGCAGUGUACUCCGACUCGGAAGGGAAGCUGUUGCAAAGUGGACACCGCGGCAGCCAGGCCAGUCUACUGUCCACUUCAGUGUUGACAGCGAGUGAGAUGACGUCAUCAACCACAAGUCGCCACUCGGACACCGCGAUAGAGGAAUCUACCGCGGUCACUGAAAGUGUUAUUGGCAGUGACGCUAAUGAUGAGUAUAGCGAUUCAGUGGAGCCAGCUGAAGAGCGACUAAGCCUGGCCAGCUUCCUGAUCGCGCGCGCCUGCCACAACAGCGUCGUCGCCAACUACUUGUACUGGUACUUGCUCAUCGAGUGCGAAGACAGCGACACUGGCGCGCGCGACCUGGCCGCCAGAUCCAUGUACCUCGCCGUUAUGAGGACCUUCUCACACCAGCUCGCUAAAGGCAAAGCAGAAUUGGUGCGCACACGCAGCUUCCUGGCCCGGCAACAAGUGUUCAUCGACAAGCUCGUGGCUCUAGUCAAGCGAGUUGCCCGCGAGAGCGGCAACCGCAACAAGAAGGCUGAGAGAUUGCAGCAAUUGCUAGCCGACCCGGACGCGUUCAAGUUCAACUUCGCCAACUUCGAGCCCGUGCCCUUCCCGCUCGACCCUAAUGUUAACAUCAAGGGUAUAGUGGCGAAGAAAGCCAGCCUGUUCAAGUCGGCGCUGAUGCCGUGCAAACUGACCUUCUUGACGAGUGAGGGAAUGGAGUACGAAGCCAUCUUCAAGCACGGAGACGACCUGAGGCAAGACCAACUCAUACUGCAGAUGAUCACGCUUAUGGACAAAUUGCUGAGGAGGGAAAACCUAGAUCUAAAAUUGACACCAUACAAAGUCCUAGCGACCAGCUCAAAGCACGGUUUUCUACAAUUCAUCGAAUCUGUAACAGUGGCCGAGGCUUUAGCAACUGAAGGCAGUAUACAGAACUUCUUUAGGAAGUACAACCCGUGCGAAGGCGCACCUUAUGGCAUAAAGCCUGACACCAUGGACACUUAUAUACGGAGCUGUGCUGGUUACUGCGUUAUUACGUAUUUGUUGGGAGUUGGAGACCGCCAUUUGGACAACCUGUUGCUGACAAAGGCAGGUGCUCUGUUCCACAUUGACUUCGGCUAUAUCCUGGGCCGAGACCCCAAGCCGCUGCCGCCGCCCAUGAAGCUCAGCAAGGAGAUGGUGGAAGCCAUGGGUGGAGUCCACUCUGAACACUACCAUGAGUUCCGUAAAUUGUGCUACACAGCAUUCCUGCAUUUGAGAAGACACGCCAAUCUGGUACUGAACCUGUUCUCGCUGAUGACUGACGCGUCGGUGCCCGACAUAGCUCUGGAACCCGACAAAGCCGUCAAGAAAGUGCAGGACAAACUAAGGCUGGACCUGGGAGACGAGGAAGCCGUUCAUUACCUGCAGAACCUUCUGGAUAUGUCCGUCACAGCCGUCAUGGCCGUGCUGGUGGAACAGUUCCACAAGUUCGCUCAGUACUGGAGGAAAUAGUUCAUUGUUUCCUAUCAUAUACAGGGUGUAACAGAACGCUAGCAAAAACGUGAUAGUACUGAUGAUUACUGAUAAGAUACCAUAGAAAAAACUACGAAAAAAGAUGAAAAUCUGGUAUUUGUUGAAAGUUCACAAUAUAUUGCAAAUAAAACAUGUGACUGACGCUAGAGGUCAACGAACGUUCCGUAAAAAGGUCACUCAAAGUCAAUGCCGCGUAAUUGGGGAUUGACCCGAGGCUUGCACGCUAUACAAUGCGGGUUUGAAAAAUACUAAAACUACGAGAUAAGGCAAAUGGUUAUUGGCAUAAGAUUGUGUUAAGGUAGUAUAAUAAUGACGCUAAGGUUUAGCUUUCUAGCUACACCCUGUAUUUCUUGUAUUCAUAUUUAUUUAUUCUGUGGUCUAACGAGAUUUCCGUGGUAUAUUCAGAGACAGAAAAUUAGUAGAGGCGCCCUAAUCUUUAUGUAUAUAUUCCUUUUCCAAAAAAAUGUAUUAUUGAAGAAAUUAUAAAUUAAACUUGACAUAGAUUUAAGUAAAUUUCUAAUUUUUUACUGUGAUAUUUAAA